ACUCGAGACACUCUUCUACCCAAUGUACCGAAGACACUGGUCAUGCAAGCGACCUCGUUUAAUUUCCUAAUAUCGGGAGUUGAUCAGCUUUGAAUCUUUGAUUUCUCUUUCGAUGGCACGUAGGAUGAGUGUCUUGACUCUUGGGCUCGUAAGGAGACUGUAGCAGUAAUCUGGUCAUGGCGUUUCCACAAGGAUACUUGUACCAGUCCUCGCUGUCUCUCUACUCGUGUCCUCCGUACGGCUCCAGCGCGAUCACGGGACCGCGGACGGAUGAUCUGGGACGGUCCUCUAGCGGAUCUGCUUUCGCCCCGUACGCGUCCACAGCCUUCACAAACACUACAGCCUUCAACUCACUCCAAUACAGUCCCGAAUCCACAGCCCCCUUCACAUCAUAUGGGGGCUCCCCAUAUGACCAUUCUCCAGGCAUGACUGGUUCUAUAGGCUAUCAUCCGUACGCCGGUCCCCUGGGCCCGUACCCGUUUGGAGACCCCGCUUACCGGAAGAACGCCACACGAGAUGCCACCGCCACCCUGAAGGCCUGGCUCAGCGAACACCGGAAAAACCCCUACCCCACGAAAGGAGAAAAAAUCAUGCUGGCCAUCAUCACCAAAAUGACCCUCACUCAGGUGUCCACUUGGUUCGCCAAUGCCCGCAGAAGACUGAAAAAGGAGAAUAAAAUGACGUGGACGCCACGGAACCGGAGCGAGGAUGAAGAUGAGGAGGACAGCAUUGAUUUAGAGAAAAAUGAUGAGGACGACGAGCCGCUCAAAACAGCCAAAACAACACAGACGACCAAAGACUCAGUUGUCGAGGACUGCACGGAAAACCGCACGGAAGAUCACGACGACGCGACGGAUAGUGUCAUCAUCGACUGUGGAGACGAAGAAGAGAAUCGGACAGUGUCUGAGUCUCCGGUGCCCACAACCUCCUCUCCCCAAAACGAGCUGAGCGAAAGCAAGAAGCCCCUCAGUGAGAACUGCAAACCCACAUCUGUCAUUCAUUCCGCAAACCCGACCCCCAAACCCAAACUGUGGUCCCUGGCCGAAAUUGCUACGUCGGAUAAGGGGAGUGACGAACCGUCACAGACAUCAGGGGCGUUAUCGCCCGCCGGGUCACCAGCGCAAUGCCCCUUUCCCCCCAGACACUUAUACUACACAUCUCCUUUCUACGCGGGUUUCACGAACUAUGGCACUUUCGGACAUCUGAACGGCGUCGGUUCAAACUCAGCGCAUCUGAACGGAAUUAAUCAGGCUGUGUUACACAGAGCGAGAGACAGCAAACUGACUCUGGAGAUGUGCAAAGAACUCACCUUCGAGCACAAGAGGGCGAAUAUUUAGUGUUUCUAUUUAUUGAAAAGGAUUUUUCAGUAUGACGAAUAGCAAAUGAAAAGCUCCGAUAAAGUCUGAACUUUACACAAAGCAUAAAACUUUUUUAUAUUUAAAAAGGAAAUGGUAUGGGAACGUUCUUUUUCUUUACAUAUCUAUCAUUUAAUGUGAGAUAUUUGUGCAAGAGGCCAAAGUACUAAUUUAAAACAUUUCGCAAUUCCUAUCAGCUGUUAAAAUUAUUUGUUUUAUCUAUUUUAACAAGCCAUUUUUUUGCUAGAUCUACUUGGGCCAUUUUGGAUUUUCAAGCAAAUUUGGCAAAGCAUUGAAUGCAAGAAUCAGUGGUUUUGUUUGUGGAUAAUAAAUGAUGUUCUCUUUAAAAUUUAACUAGAUAAAACACAUCCAUUUUAUUAAGAAAUGUUGAAAUGUGAGAGUUGCUUUUAUAUGCUUACAGAAUUAGAACUAUAUUAAGCAUCAUCUACAGGGUUGGCAUCAGGUCUGUCAUCAUGAAAUUUUCUCCCUGGUCUGGAGACAUCAGUCAAGAAAUUUAGUAUCUGCAAUUUCAUUGCAUCCAAGAUAUUCUUAACAUGUAUUUUGACCCAUUAUGGAUUAUUCUAUCAUCUGUUCUUUGCAGAAUGGUGUGCAGUGCCUUCCUGAUUUGCUCACAACUGUGCUACACCUACAUGGACUCAAAGAAAACACUCAAUAACUGUAACACUCGCCUCCUGGGCAUAAUACAGUGGAUAAAUUGUAAAUUUAAAUAGCACAAGUCAACAUUUAUUGCAGGGGGAUUAUGGGACAGUGCUCUUAAGUGGAGGAGAUAUUAAAUUUAUGC